GUCAUUAUUAAGAAUCAUAGGGUUCCAAGCGACAACCAAGUAAUCGUUUAUGUGUCAAGUUCAAAGUUUGUGCCUGUUGGUGCCUAUUUUACGCGGUAUAAUAUGUCAUGUACUUCAGAAGAAGGGUCUUUUGAAGACUUUUCAAGCUCUGGAUCAGAAUAUGUGCCAGACUAUGAAGUUGAAAAACGAAACUUAUUGCAGUCAAGCAACAGCAGCUUGGAGAGCGAAUAUUCAGAGCAUGAAGAAUCUCUUUCUCACCUAAAAGCAAAGGGUGUAGCAGGAGUAAGAAGACUUUUUCCGGAGAUUGGGGAGGCCUCAAACUUAGUAAAUAAGAAUGUUCCAAUACCAGAGGAUCAUGGCUCGAUAGUCAAAACUGAUCAGGACGACAAUAACACUUAUUGUGCUGAUAAACGUAUUGUCAAUUAUACUGAUUCUGAAACAUCUCAAUCAUCAGAAGAAAAAACCCCAAUGAAGGCGAAGACCAGGACUCGUAAGCGAAAAAGAAAUAUUAGACUUCGGAAAAGUAACUAAAGAAAAGAAAAGUAUCAAAAGGGGGAAAGCUAUAUAAACACCAAAGGGGAAUUAAAACCUGGAAAAAAGAUUGACGAAAAUAAAUAUUGCCCUGAAAGCUGCAGAUUUCAGUGUAGAAAAAAUUUUUCACCUGAGCAAAGGGAAGAAAUAAAAAAUAUUAACAAAAUGUUGACUUAUAUGUUGAAUCUUGUUUAGAAAAACAAUUUCCUCCACAAAGUGUUUCGUUGUACAGACACAUUUUUAACUAUGAAUAUAAUCUAGAUUUUCUCAAACCAAAAAGUGAAGAGUAUAAAAUUGCCCAACGGGAAAAUAGAAUGAGUGAAGAACUGGAAUUUUCAAAUAGGCAGCACAUUUUAAAGGUAAAUAUAAUGAGAACAGAGCGAGAACAGGAUGGUAAAAAUACAGAUUUGAACUGUGCUGUCGUCUGUUUUGAUUUACAAAAUGUUAUAAAUUUACCAAAUUAGAGGUUUCUGUCCUCUUUUACAAGCAAAAAAUGAAUGUAUAUAACUUAACUGCAUAUAAUUCCUAUGACAAGCAAUGUUAUUGCGCUGUUUGGCCAGAAACUACAUGUUGAAGAUCAGGCAAUGACUUGGCAAGAGCAUUAAUGCAAAUUCUUUGAAAAAUUGUUUCAAACAAUCCCAACAUAACGGAAAUAAUAACCUGGAGUGACAGCUGUGUUCCUCAAAAUAGGAACAGUUUAAUUUCCUUAGUUGUAGCCAAUUUCUUACAGAAGCAUCAACACAUUAAACAAAUUACAAUGAAAUAUUCUUUACCCGGGCAUUCCUGUAUACAGGUUGUUGACAACAUUCAUUCCCGUAGCGAGAAAUUUAUGCGAGUACAAGAUAUAUGGUCCCCACUUCCAGUCACAAAACUUUUGCUAAAGAACGAUAGAAAGAAGCCUAUUUGCAUCAUUAACAUGAGGCCCAAACAUUUUUUUGAUUACAAAAAAAGUACAGAUUGUUCAAAUUAUGGCAAUGUGCCAUACAACAAAGUCUGCCAAUUAAAGUUUUUGCAGGGUAAUCCACUUGAGGUUCACUAUAAAAUAGAAAACCAUUCUUCACAGUUCAUGAGAACGAAUGUGAAGAAAGAAAAGAAAACUAGAAAAGGUAACAAAAUUACACCUGAAGAACAAAACCUGGAUGCUUCUUUUAAAAUCGGGCAAGUAAAAAAUUUUAAAACGAAGAGUUUUACAAGCCAAAAAAUCGAUGCAAUCGAGUUUGCUUAUAAGUGGAUGCCACUUGAAGACAAAACAUAUAUGAAAGCCCUCAUUUCAGAGAUUAAAAAAAAUAGCUUCAUUUUCUUUAUUUCACUAAAUUUUUUAAGCUGUGUUGUUCGAGUUUAAUUAAAUAAUGUUUGAAUUGUAUUUAUGCAUAUUUAAAUAAAAG